GGCUGCGUGUAUUUCCGGUCGGGCCGGUGGAGCCGCUGCCCGGGGAGGUGUGGACGCGGCCGCUCUCCUAACGCCCCGGGGGAAGAUGUUCUACCACAUCUCCUUGGAGCACGAGAUCCUGCUGCACCCGCGCUACUUCGGCCCCAACCUGCUCAACACGGUGAAGCAGAAGCUCUUCACCGAGGUGGAGGGGACCUGCACCGGCAAGUAUGGCUUUGUCAUUGCUGUCACCACCAUCGACAAUAUUGGUGCUGGUGUGAUCCAGCCCGGCAGGGGCUUUGUCCUUUAUCCGGUUAAGUACAAGGCCAUUGUUUUCCGGCCCUUUAAAGGGGAAGUCGUGGAUGCUGUAGUCACUCAGGUCAACAAGGUUGGACUCUUCACAGAAAUUGGACCCAUGUCCUGCUUCAUUUCCCGACAUUCCAUCCCGUCCGAGAUGGAGUUUGAUCCUAACUCCAACCCACCGUGUUACAAGACAAUGGAUGAGGACAUUGUGAUUCAGCAGGACGAUGAGAUCCGCUUGAAGAUUGUGGGGACCCGUGUGGAUAAGAACGACAUUUUUGCUAUCGGCUCUUUGAUGGAUGAUUACUUGGGGCUUGUGAGCUGAACCCCGGCGCCUCCUGCCUUGUUGGACCCUUGUCUAGGGAGCGUGAUGUCACACCGCCCAUGUUGUCCAGAGGCCCAGUCUGGCUGCUGUGGGGGAGGCAAGGAAGGCUCCUCGUCCCAGAAGACAUCCGGCUCUUCUUCCGGCUUCGCAGCCACUCCCAGAUUCUGCCUGUGUUCUGACCCUGAAUGGCCUUUGGUGCUAUGGAAGUGUUAAUCUUUGGUAAAACUGCUCCUGUUUAAGCUGCA